CCCCUCUAUAACAUACCCCGGCGUCUAUGUCCGUGGAGGUAAACAAACCCGGCUGAGAGGAGUGAGCCGUGUGAGCCAGGCAGCAUGAACCACGAGGCAACCCAGAAAGAGGCGGCGAAGCAUGGCGAGGGGGUCAAGAGGAUCAAGCUGGACAUCCCCCAAGAGAAGCGAGAAGCAUCGCCUGAACCCCCUGAGUCUGCCUCCCCCCUGCCCCACAAGGGUGAAAAGGGUGAUAAGCAUGCGUCAUGGUGGACGCUCAGUGAGGGUGUUUUGAUGGGGAUGGGUAACCCCCUCCUGGACAUCGCAGUAAACAUCGACGCAGAAUUCCUGAAGAAGUACGACCUGAAGGCCAACGAUGCCAUCCUUGCCGAGAAGCAGCACGAGCCCAUGUACAAGGAGAUGGCGGGCAUGGAGGGGGUGGAGUACAUCGCCGGCGGGGCAACACAGAACUCCAUGAGGGUGGCACAGUGGAUCCUGAGGAAGAAGCAUUGCACUACCUUCAUGGGCUCGGUGGGGAAGGACGAGUUCAGCAAGACCCUGGAGGACAAGGCAGAGGAGGCGGGCGUGCUGGUCAGGUACCAGAAGCAGGACGAACACCCCACAGGAACUUGUGCCGUGGUAAUCACAAAGAAUGGAACAUGCAGGUCGCUUGUAGCUAACCUUGCGGCUGCCAAUCACUUUUCCAAGUCCCAUUUGGACAUCCCAGAGAACAAAGCCUUGCUGGAAAAGGCCAAAUUUUAUUACAUCUCAGGGUUCUUCCUGACGGUGUCCCCUGAGUCCAUCCUGACCGUGGGCCAGCACGCCUGUGAACACAACAAAGUCUUUGCUAUGAACCUCUCGGCACCGUUCCUGUGCGAGUUCUUCAAUGAGCCCAUGAUGAAGGCGUUCCCCUACAUCGACAUUCUCUUCAGCAAUGAGACAGAGGCAGCCAAGUUCUCUGAGGUGCAAGGCUUUAAAUUGACAGACAUUAAGGAGAUUGCCCUCAAGACUGCUGCUCUGCCUAAGAAGAACAGCAAGCGAAGCCGCAUUGUUGUCUUUACGCAAGGUGCUGACAACGUUAUCCUGGCCAAGGAUGGAAAAAUUUCUGAGUUCCCUGUGACCAGACUGCCGGAGGAGAAGCUGAUUGACACCAACGGGGCCGGCGACGCCUUUGUGGGAGGGUUCCUCUCCCAGCUGGUGCAGGGCCGGGACGUGGCUGAGUGCAUCAAGUGCGGGAUCUGGGCCGCCACAGAGAUCAUUCAGAGGUCUGGCUGCAGCUUCCCCAAAGACCUCCACUAUGAGGACUAGACGCAGCCUCCCUCAACACUACCUCUGGCAGCUGGAGCCCUUGGCUGCCUCCUGAAGGGCCAAGGCUCAGAACUUGAGUGUUUACACCCAUGACAACUGUUACUGUUUUCUCUGUGAGAAUCAAGUAUGCAGUUAAUGAAUGGCUUUCCAGAUGAAAGUAACUUUUAUCUUUUAUAUUAUAUAAAUGAAGGUGGAGACAAAAUAUUGACACUUGAAAUGAUUUUUUUAAGGGUGAGUCAAACAUGGAAGUGUUUCUCAUGGCAGUGUGGAAAGACCAGAAAAGUGUCCUCCAAGAUUUUGAGGCUCUCAGCCUGUCACCUAUUUCUUCCACAGGCUCAGUCUUUAACACGAUGAAUCUUCCAUUCCCACUCUUUUGAAAAGAAAAACAAACUGACAUGAGAUGUGUGUACCCAAUCAGUAAUUGUUUUUAAAAACUAAUCUCAGAAUUAUGACCUGGAAAUUAUUUGGUCAUAUAUUUGGUUCAAUAUAAUUUAAAAGUGUUGACAAUAUAACAAGAGGUCAGAACGUAAACCAGCCAAGUUAGAAAUAGUUUUCACAAUUUUCAUCAUUGCCGUGAAAGGAGUGAAAGUGUGAUGUACCUGAGUUACAAAUCUUGGAUGAGGUGCAUUCAUCGUCAGUUUGUUGGAACAGGGAGCUGGGGAAGGCAGUACUCUGAGCCACACUCACCAACAGCUUCAUGUCAAUACUUAAUGCUGACUGCAGCAGACACGUUGAUCUUGCCAAGACAUUUUCUAUUAUUCAUCUCUGCAGCUGUUUUGUAAAUCCUGCUGACUUUAUGCAAUUUGUGAGUUUGAUAAAACAAUAGCAUCUCUACAUCAAUGAUUUGUAUUAUUUUUUUCUACAUUAAGCAACUUUUGCUGGAUGUUUUAAGCCAUCUUGUUAUGCAGAAUAAAAUAUUUCCAUUA